GCUUGCGGGUGAACAAUGCGCUAGGCGUCGUCUCGGCCGGCGUCGUUCCGCGCUGUGUCCCCGUGCCACGAUCAUGAUGACGCCGCCGAUGGCCGUGUGCUCCGCGCUGCUCCUCGCCGUCGUCGCCGCGCUAGGAGCGGCCGAGAACGUGCUGGAUGCCAUACGCAACGACGGCGAGCUGUCCACGUUCUACCAACUGGCGGAGCGGGUAAAGUUGUUUGUGGCGUACAGCGAAAGCACAGAUAUCACGUGCUUCGCGCCCACCAAUGACGCCAUCGACAGGUUCCGCGAGACCUACCCCAACAAGAUCAUCGAGGUCACCUACCAUGUUGUGUCGCUCAAUUUGGCGGAGGACAACCUUCCUUCGUCGGUGCCAACGAUUGCCAAGGGCUCACCGCACCUCUAUCUCACCAGGGCGCGGGACAGGUUCUUCUUCGUCAACAACGCCAAGGUGACUCGGCGGAGGGAGCUUACGUUCGAGCAGUACAAGCAGAAGCUGUACGUGAUUGAUGACGUGCUCGAGGCGUUCAUUCCGACCAGCGGAGUGACGCCGAACGCCUUCGAAUUCCUCAACCAGCCGUCCAUCUACAACCUCAACCACAGGCUUGUGUUCUUUCACUCGCGCGUCCAGAUGACUUACGAACAGAGCCUUUUCACGGAGGACGGCAUGCACACAUUCUUCGUGCCCGUGGACGACGCGGACCCGGCUAAGCGCACCCGAGUAGAGAUUGACAAAUACGUGGUUCGUGGCCACGUGAUUAAAAACCGCCGCCUGUUCACACGUACAAUGGGCAACGAGACUUACGAGUCGGCCGCAUGGGAAGACAACGCCAUCAAGGUUGAGUUGUCACUCGCAAACCAGUCGGACUCGGCCGGCGCCGAAUACACACUGUUCGCGCAAAGCAACACCAUGUCGCCGGAGCCGCAGCGCCAAAAGGGCGUGGUCUUGUCGAAGAUCGUCAAGCCCAACAUCCCCGUCAAGAAUGGCGUCGUCCACUUGAUCGAGAAGCCUCUCAUGGUUGUCGACACUUCCAUCAAGGAUUUUUUCCACCGGGAGCGACACGGACGCCUCGAAGACUUCAUGCGAUUAGUGGACUACUCGCCCGAUUUCCUGAUGGAUCUGGAUGGAAGCCAGCCUAAGACCGUAUUCGCGCCCACAAAUGAGGCAUUGAAAGUGAUCCCAGCAAGCGUGCUGGACACACUGAAGGCCAACACGUCUGGACUUACUCAGUUGCUGCGGUUACACAUGAUCAAGAACGAGGCAGUGGCGUCUGACGAAGUGUUGGACGCGGGCCGCACUGGCAUCUUCGAGCGCGAAUCCGCCAGCAGCCGGCGCAUGCUGUACAUGCGAGUCGUCGAGGGAGAGCACGGACGCACGUUGACUGUGGAAGGUGGUGGCGUGAAUGCCACUGCCGUUCAAGCGGACAUCGGAGCCACCAACGGCGUGAUACACAUCAUUGACCGCGUGCUGGGAAUGCCUUCGCACACAAUUUACGAGAAGAUCAGCAGUGACCCCGAACUCAAGGACACAAGGCGCUUUGCGCAGCACAAGGGCUGGAUUGAACGGCUCAAGAACACCGACAAGCGGUAUACCUUCUUCGCGCCCAGUGACAACGCCUGGCACGACAUCAAGCUCGAAUUCCCGUCGGAGUACAAACAGCUCUCCAUGGACAAGUUCGGGUACCACGCGGAAAAAAUUCUCGAACGCCACCUAAUAGUUGGAAGAGAAAUACCUCAAAUGGAGCUGGAGAACUUAAAGUCCAUUGAGACAGCCAGAGGCAAGAUGGACGUGCGAAAUGUUAACGGCAAAAUCCACCUGCUGUGGGAGGGCCGCGAGGCGGUCGUCGUGCGCCCCGACGUACAGGCCACGAACGGAGUCAUCCACGUGAUCAGCAAGGUCAUGAUGCUGCGCAGGGACAUGACUUCGGCGGCCGCCGCGCCGGCAACACCUGUCGCCGUGUUGUUGCUGGGGCUGGCCGCAGGGCUCGUACUCCGGACGCCGCGCGCCUGAGCCCCGCGGCCACUCAUCCGACCACACCCACCACCUUCCUUGUUUUCGAAAAAGAACCACUCGGUUUUGGGGGCACAGGAUGGCGGCACGGUGUCAGACACCAUUCCGAGCAAGUUAAUUGUCUGAAACUUGCUGUACGACGGCGUACUUCUUCGAGCACGUUUGUUUUGCGAGUGACCGUGCCAAUCCUUGGCUAGGGGUCAACCUCAUUUUCGACUCGUUCUUUUUUUGAGCACGUGUGUUUCUGUACGCGUUAUGUUUGGAUGCUUAGUGUGGCGCACAAAAAAAAAAGGCAGCUCUUCAAGGAUGGGUGAAGUUAAGUUCUUAACCGCUUAAAAGUACCAGCGAACGAUGAUAUGCUUCUUGUCGAACUUGUGCGCCGCGCUACAUGUCUGCCGUUAGCUUUGGCCCGUUUUAGUAUCAUUAAUAUGGACUUUGAUGUUCUACCAACCUCCCCUUUUUUCGUCAAGCAGUCUUCAUAAUGAUCGAAAACAAACAAACAAAAAACACCCAUCUCUGGAGAGCGCUAUUUGCGAAUGCUCAGUGGUCACAGUCAUGUGCUGGCUUUAUACGCAGCACAAGGGAGAGAAGAGACAUGCCAAUAAUACAACACAUUCCGUGCCCCACUUCUUCAAACAGCCGGCUGCAAACAAAGCACUGCUCUGACAUGUUUGCUCCACGAGUGGUGGGGACAAAACUUGAGUCAACUGCAUCGCGUUUUCCAAAGGCCUCCAGUGAAGCGGCAGGCGGCAGACAAGGCCAACAAUCUCCACCAGCAAGCUGCGACAAAAGAGGCGCGUUUGCUUCGCUGCCACGGUCACACUUUUACUCCCAUUGUUUCGCGGGCGUUGGUGGUGUUUCGUUGUAAGCUGCUUUUAGGCUGGCAUCUUCAUCACAGAUAAUAUUAUACCCUGUACAUAACGCACACUCUACGGGGUCUUCUAGAAGCGUUUCACAUAAUGGCACGAUGAAUCUCGAAUUCUGUGCUGUUACUCGGGCUUUAUAAGCACCUAUUUUUGUUUUGCAGCAUCAGAGCUAAAUAUCACCUAUUUUAGCCAACUCGAGUCACUUGUUUUAGUUUUUUUUGGGAGGAAAGUUAUAGAUAGGAAAUAAUUAAUUUUUGUUUCCUGUGAAUGACUCGGAAAUGAACUGCGCUGGCAGCAUGAACGAUGUAUAGUCUAUGUGUGAUGUCAUGACGUUUGUGUGAAGCUUCCAUUUAAAGAAAGCUGAGCUCUAGAUGUGAUGUCUAGCGCAAAUAACCGAAUUGCCUCUGCCAACUUUACUCAAAUUGAAAAAAAAAAGAAAGCGUUGCGUCAGAGCUGUUCAGGAAACCGCUGACAAGGCAUCAUUACUUUCGGGGGAGAGUGCACGCUUGCCUCGUGUAACUUCAAGUGACAGCGUCGGACAGUCUCUUUGAACAAAUUGUGCUCGAGCAGCUUUCAAACGCACGUUUAGAUGAUGUCACGGUGAUUCGAAAAAGCCUCGUGCUGCGUGUCACGGUUACACCAAAAUUAUUUCAUUCACCGAGCUUUGUCAGAUACUUUUUUUUGAAAUACUGCAGAGAUUAAAACUUGUUGCAUCUCUCCCUUAAAAAGAAAAACAUCUUGUAAAUAAGGAUAUACAUUAUAUAAGCGUAUAUCUUGUUCACAGAGAUAUUUUGGUGGCUACCAUCCUUGGUGUAAAAUGAAAAAAAAAAAAAACGUUGGUGUACAGUAGUGUCACUUAAUGUUAAAAACGUUUCUUUCUGCUCAAUUCAAAUUCCCUUACAAGUAUAGCAUAUAUGUACACAUAAUGCAGAUGCUCUCUCUUAUAUGCAUAACUAUCUGUAUGGAAUACUCCAUUGUUCUCCCGUGUUUCUCUCUCUCGAGCUUCAAGUAUUUGUGUGGCUUUGUUCGUUUUUUCGUGUCGGGGCGUACUUCGCUCAUCGCCUCGUCAACUGAGUUUGCCUUCCCCGUGGCGUGUACCGGGGAUAAGGCGCCGCCCGUUCUGCGCCUUUAUAAGAAGUGUUUGCCUCCGAGGCGAUAGAUUUUCUCUCUUUUUUUAUGUUUCGUGUCCUGGUAGUACCAAAGAAUAAAAGGGAACUAUGCUUCAACUAAGAAUACUAUUUUUCUGUCCGGGGUCGCUGCCGGUACGAAUCAGCCAGACGAGAAGCGCGACGCAUAGCAUUCCUAAAUCACUCACUUCCGUUUCGGGCCUGGAUGGGUCAUGCGCGCUUACUGCGUGGCUGAUUCGUGGGACAGCGACCUCGGUGUGAUAUGGGCGCUAAAUAUGCGACGCAUCGGGCCUGAACGAAAAAGGAAAAAAAAUUCAUACAAGCAGCGCUAGUUUACGAGUGUUUUUUUAAACAUCCGGUCAUACCGCCUCGAGCUCACGUACCGGCUGUAUCCGUGUCACGGGAGCGACAGGUCGGUCACGAAGAAAACCGCCGGCCGAGUAGAUUACCCGUGAGAGUCAAGGAAAGCAGUGACAGAAUGCGAUCAGGUCAAGCAGAGAGGGUCCUUAUUUUUUUAUACACGUUGUUGUUGGUUUGUUACCAUAGUUGCUGCUAUUUAUAUAGACGCAUAGUAUUUCAUUUCGCCGUUCUUUUUUUUUUGUUGGCCGAGCGCCGUGUGUGGGUUGUCGAAAUCCCCUUGGGCUUCUCAAAAAUCUGGCCUCGUGGCCUCCACCACGCAAACGAAUCAGGGUGCGCACAACACGCUAGGGCACCUCUGGUUAUUUACACGGUAACACUGCCAUAUUUUGAACGCAUGUCGAACCAAGUGUGUCAAGGUGUGGGUCCAUCUAAUUUAAAUGUACAUCCCCAGCAUACACACAGAACGCAAGUUCUCCAUGAUUACCAUUGUGCGUUGAGGAGGAACAUGUUUUUUUGUGCAAAGUAUGAGUGUAAACUGAAAGAUUAAAUAAAAUAGUGCUUCAAAUGUU